AUGUCGCCGUAUCCCGCACCUGAUGACCUCAUUCCCCGGUAUGGACGAGUACUUCUUAUACGAGAUACAUUACGCUUGCUGGCAUUCCCGAAGGUGAUGGAGAAAAGUUUGAGCAAAUUUACUGCCAUGAAGAAUGAGGUUGCACCGCUGCUCAAAAGUCUGAUGGGCUUUUUGGGGUGGAACAACAUGCAAGUGGGCGAUUCGAGCAAUGUACUGGAAACUCGGUUUAUGUACGGGACGGAACGACUGAUUCGGGAAUUGCCCGCGCAGGAAGUCGAUGUGCACAAUGUAAUUGCCAAUCAGCUGCUCUUCCCCAAGCUGAUCACUGCGGUAAGCGAGACAAGUAGCAAUCAGUCCGGUACGAAAGACGCGCCUCAGCCACCGACCUCUUGUCGAACGUGUCUGGUUCGUCGUCGUAUCCAGACCAAAAAUUUGGAACAGAAAAUGGAAUUGUACGAGGAUAUGCAUGUGAUCCAAUUGCCCCAUUUAGAAGUACGUGGUGUCGCGUCAGUGCAAGUGUUUAUGCAACGCCCAUUGAAACCAUUCCGUCGUUAG